CUCGUAUGGUCGAACACCUCGUAUUGGCACGUAUUUACAUCCGUUUAGACUAGUUUAUCUAUUUAUAUAUAUCUAUUUAUACCUGACUAGGGUGUGCUGCAAAUAAGUAGUCUGAGAAUUACCCGGGUGAAACUGUAAUUACCCUCCAGUUUAUUAAACUGUAAUUACUCAAUGGGCAUUCCAAACCUUGGGUGUUUCGUAAUAAGGCCAGCCGAUGAGAGGGAAACUAAUACUUAUUGAAGGACUCGAUCGAUCGGGGAAGUCUACUCAGGCAGCGUUACUCAAUCAACGGAUUGCCAACUCUCAUCUCAUCAAAUUCCCCGAAAGAUCAACGCCAAUUGGACAAAUCAUUAACAAAUACUUGACGGACUCGAGUUAUGAUUUAAGUGACCAAUCGGCCCAUCUACUCUUCAGUGCUAACAGAUGGGAAUUAGCUAAAGAUAUCAUUUCCAAGUUGAAUAAUGGAGAAUUCGUUAUUUUGGAUCGGUACAUUUACUCUGGUAUUGCUUAUUCAUUAGCAAAAUCAAAGGUAUCAAAUUCAUCAAAUGAAAUGAACGAUUAUAAUUGGUUAUAUUCUCCCGAUAAAGGAUUACCCAAGCCAGAUAUCACUCUUUUCUUAACUCUUGAUUUACAAGAAUUGAGUAAUCGUAAAGGUUGGGGUGAAGAACGUUACGAGUUGAAAGAAUUUCAAAUCCAAGUAAAAUCCUGUUUUGAAAAAAUUUUACCUCCAAACGUUAAUAUUAUUAACGUGAAUAAUUUAUCAAUUGAACAAGUUGAGGCCGAAAUUAGUAUAAUUGUUACAAAUGACUUAACUAAUGAUGAUAUUCAUUACUUUACCUAA